ACUCACCCCGGGUGAGUAAUAAAUAUACCCUUUUAUUAUUACCAGGAAAUAAACUAUUGAUGUCCGAAGGAUCAGAUUUAUACACGUGGUUGUUUACUUUUGAUCAACAAACCAAAAUGAUCUACAUUAUAACACAAUCCUUCGGACAAUGA